AUGUCCCACCGUGCGGCGCCGCUGGCCCUGACUGUGAUUGCACGAACCACGCUCAUUCGCUGUCCUCCGAUAUCAAGCAGAAAGUACAGUGAUGCUUCCGAUUCAAGCAAACCAACACUCGGCCGCGGAGCGACGCAGCGAAGGGCUGACGAUCGACCGUGGCACCGGGCCAGAAGCAACACCUUACCCAAAUCGACCUCUCCGGAUCCUACGGGAGGGGAUGCCACGAAAGGUCGACUUCUUACAACCCCAACCCGGCUGCUCAAGCUUAUACUGCCCAUUCCAUUCCACCCCGAGCAAGAUCACAUCAAUGUUGACGAUUCUGUCAGGGAUAAAUGGAAAGACGAGGCAGUAGAGCCUCUGGCACUCCUCAUCCAUCCCCACCAACCCUUGUCAUAUCUUGAACGACUAAUCCAAGCCGAGAUCCCCCCUCUCAAGGUAAAUGGCGGGGACAAGUUGCCCGAGAUUGUUUUCCGCGCCGAAGCGGACUAUACCAACGACGACGAGGACAAAAACGACAAGCCCCAGAGCGGCAAUGACGCGAACGGAUCCAAUGUGGCCUCAUACUCGGGCCUUGGUCACGAAGGACCGAGCAGGGACAAAACACGCUGGGUGAGAUGGAGCGGAAGCACCGAGAUUGGCGACUUUAUCAGGGACGCUGCUCGUGGCCGGGAAUUUACCGUCAGCAUUGAAGGUCAUGGUGAGGAGUUGCGGGUCGCUGUGCCUAGCUUCAAGGAUCGAACAUAUUACUCGCGCAUGAGAUUGCGGCGCAUGUCUCGCGAGAUUGAUCAAAUGGCGCGCAUCAAACGAGAAUGCGACGAACUUGCGCACAAGGGCGCGCAUGCUUUGGCCAAGGGCGGGUUCGUGGCUUUGGCUGGCUGGUGGGGAGUCGUUUACUACGUCACGUUCCAUACCGAGAUGGGGUGGGACUUGGUCGAGCCAGUCACCUAUCUUGCCGGGCUGUCGACCAUCAUGGGUGGGUAUCUGUGGUUCCUGUUCAUCAGUCGAGACUUGAGCUACAAAGCUGCCAUGAACGUGACGGUCUCGCGACGGCAGAAUGCCUUGUACCAGGAACGAGGUUUUGACCCGCAAAAAUGGGAGCAAAUCGUUUACGACGCCAAUGAACUGCGACGAGAGAUCAAAACGGCGGCGCAUGAAUACGGAGUGGACUGGGACGAGAUGAAGGACCUCGGAGGCGAGGCGGUCAAGGAAGUGUUGGAAGAAGAGGACGAGAGUCGUCCGAACAAAGGGGAGGAUGAAGUAGACAAUGACGACGACGCCGAUGCGGAUGACGACAACAGCAAGACUAGGGGGAGGAAAUCUAGACGGCAGAAGGAACACGGCUGA